CUUUCAUCUUUCCUCACCGGCUGCUCACACAUCAAAUCACCACGACGGCCAUGGACACACCCAACUCGCCGAUCACCGGUCCACGACGGCGAAGUAUCCUCCUGUUGCCCUGGUUAGCCCACGGCCACAUCUCUCCCUUCCUUGAGCUCGCCAAGAAGCUGCUCUCUUCUUCUUCUUCUUCUUCUUCUUCUUCUUCACGCCAAAGCCCCUUCCUCAUCUUCUUCUGCUCCACCCCCGUCAACCUCGCCUCCCUCCAAGCACUCCUCCCUCCCCAUCUCUCCCCUUCGAUCCGGCUCGUCGAGCUCCACCUCCCACCGCCGCCCCCUCCGCUCCCUGCCCUCCCUCCCAGCUUCCACACCACCCGCUACCUCCCUCCCCACCUCAUGCCCUCCCUCAAGUCCGCCUUCGACGCGGCUGGCCCGGCCUUCUCCGACCUCCUCGACGCUUUCAAACCUGACUCGGUUGUCUACGACCUCCUCCAGCCCUGGGCCCCGAGAGCAGCCCGCGACCACGGCCUCCCUGGAUUUGCGUCCCUCUUCUUGCCCUGCAGUGCGGCGGCAGUGUCGUUCUUGACCCUCCACAGCAUGGACCCGGACGGGGAGUACCCCUUCCCGCCGCUGAGGUUCAAGAGGAGCGAGUGUGAUAAGAUCAUGCAGUUCAUGCGCGACAAGGACAUUGGCACCAGGGACAUGGACCGGGUGUUAGAGAGCAUCAGGAGGUCUGAGGGCGCCAUCCUGAUCAAGACGUGCAGAGAGAUCGAGGGUAAGUACGUGGACUACCUCGCGGAGCUUGUUGGGAAGGAGGUCAUCGCCAUCGGGCCUCUGAUUCAAGAACCGGCCGGAGGUGAUGCCAGAGACGACGAAGGGGAGAUACUUGGGUGGCUGGAGGAGAGAGAGAGCGGCUCGGUGGUGUUCGUGUCAUUCGGGAGCGAGUGCUUCCUAUCGAAGGAGGAGAUGGAGGAGGUGGCACGUGGGCUGGAGCUCGCGAGCGAAGAAGUGGGGUUCGUGUGGGUGGUGAGGUUUCCCGGAGGAGACACAGAAAGUGUGUGUAUUGUUGAAGCUUUGCCUGAAGGGUUCUUGGAGAGGACGAAGGACAGAGGCAUGGUGGUCCAAGGAUGGGCCCCUCAGGCCAAGAUCCUCAUGCACCCGAGCACAGGUGGGUUUGUGAGUCACUGCGGUUGGAGCUCAACAUUGGAGGCAAUAGUCUUCGGCGUACCCAUCAUAGCCAUGCCGAUCCACCUCGAUCAGCCCCUAAACGCCAAACUGGUGGCGGAUCUUGGGGUCGGCGUGGAGGUCCGGAGAGAGGACGGCAGGUUCCCGGGGGAGGACGUGGCGAAAGUGAUCAAGCAAGUGGUGGUACGUGAAGAAGGCGAGGAAGUCCGGAGAAGGGCCAAGGAACUGAGUGCGAGGAUCAGGGAGAGGCAAGAGGAAGAGACGAGCACAGUGAUGAAGAAGCUGGAACGACUUUUUGGAGGAACAACUUUCAAUGUUGGCCAGACCGUGACUUGACAUGAUGGACCAAGAUUUGGAUUUGCUAGUUGCUGGCAUAAUUUAUAUAGUGGGAGGCAUAAAUAAGAGGAGGAAUCAAUGCUUUUCGGAUGA